UGAGAUUGAGAGAAUAUCUAUAAUUCACAAGUAUAAUCAUGCUUUUAGAGGAUUCUCUGCCAUGCUCACUGAGACUGAAGCUUCUAUUUUAUCAGGCCAUGACGAUGUGGUUUCCAUCUUCCCCGACUCAAUACUUGAGCUACACACAACACGUUCUUGGGAUUUCUUAGAGGCGGAAUCUGGCAGGCUAUCAAGCAAUAAAUAUCUGCGGCGGGGCCUAUCAAGUGAUGUUAUAAUUGGGAUGAUAGAUACAGGGAUAUGGCCUGAGUCUUCAAGUUUCAAUGAUGAGGGAAUUGGUGCAGUCCCUUCAAGAUGGAAAGGAGUCUGUAUGGAGGGCUCAGACUUCCGGAAAUCGAAUUGUAAUAGAAAGUUGAUAGGUGCAAGAUACUACAAUGUUCCAUUGACAAGAGAUGGCAACCAGAGCAGUUUAGCCAGAACAAAAGGCUCACCAAGGGAUUCUGUUGGCCAUGGAACUCACACCGCAUCCAUAGCGGCUGGUAUGCAAGUCCUGAAUGCUAGUUACUAUGGCUUAGCAAAAGGCACAGCAAGGGGCGGCUUGCCUUCAGCUAGGAUUGCAUGCUACAAGGCUUGCUCAGAUGUUGGUUGCUCUGGUGCCACCAUAUUGAAGGCUAUUGAUGAUGCAAUUAGAGAUGGAGUAGAUAUAAUAUCUAUUUCCAUUGGGAUGAGCUCACUCUUUCAAUCUGAUUACUUAAACGACCCCAUAGCCAUCGGAGCAUUUCAUGCUGAACAAAUGGGGGUCAUGGUAAUUUGCUCUGGAGGAAAUGAUGGUCCUGAUCCUUACACUAUUGUUAAUGCAGCGCCGUGGAUCUUCACCGUUGCAGCUUCUAACAUUGAUAGGGAUUUCCAAUCUAAUAUAGUUCUUGGAAAUGGGAGAAAUUUCACAGGUUCAGCCAUCAAUUUUUCCAAUCUCACUCGUUCAAGGACAUAUCCUCUUGUAUUUGGAAAGGACGUUGCUGGUUAUUAUACGCCUGAAUCAGAAGCAAGAAAUUGUUAUCCAGGAUCAUUGGAUCCAAAGAAAGUAGUUGGAAAAAUUGUUGUUUGUGUUGAUGAUGACCCGGCUGUUUCAAGGAAAAUCAAGAAAUUAGUUGUAGAAGAUGCUAAAGCCAAAGGGUUGAUUCUGAUUGAUGAAGCUGAGAAAAGUGUGCCUUUCGAUUCGGGCAUUUUCCCAUAUACAGAAGUUGGCAAUAUUGCAGGCUUUCAGAUUCUCCAGUACAUAAAUUCUACCAAAAACCCAACAGCAACAAUUCUCCCAACAGUUGAUGUUCCAAGGUAUAGACCGGCACCAGCUGUUGCAUAUUUUUCAUCGAGGGGUCCUGCAGAGCUUACAGAAAACAUUCUCAAGCCUGAUAUAAUGGCUCCGGGAGUGGCCAUUUUGGCUGCCAUAGCUCCCGAGAAUGAAACAGGGACAGUCCCAAAUGGGAAGAAGCCAUCCACAUUUUCCAUAAAAUCAGGUACUUCAAUGGCUUGUCCACACGUAACGGGGGCUGCUGCAUUCAUCAAGUCAGUGCAUCGUCGAUGGACUUCUUCCAUGAUCAAAUCAGCGCUUAUGACAACAGCAACUGUGUUCAACAACAUGAAAAAACCUUUGACAAACAGCUCUAACACCUUUGCAAAUCCACAUGAGGUGGGGGUCGGAGAAAUAAACCCACUGAAAGCUCUUAGUCCAGGACUAGUCUUUGAAACCACAACAGAAAACUAUCUCGAGUUCCUUUGCUAUUAUGGCUACCCAGAGAAAAAUAUAAGAUCUAUGUCAAACACAAAGUUCAUCUGCCCCAAAAUCUCCAUUGAUGAACUCAUCUCGAAUGUUAACUACCCAUCAAUCUCCAUUAGUAAACUCAACCGGCAUCAACCUGCAAAGACAAUUCAAAGAACGGCGACCAAUGUUGCUGCCCUGAAUUCUACGUACAUUGUGAAAGUGCAUGCUCCGGCUGGCUUAAUAGUGAAGGUUCUUCCAGAGAAGUUAGUUUUUGCUGAGGGUGUGAGGAGGGUGUCUUUUCAAGUCUCAUUUUAUGGCAAGCAGGCUCCUAGAGGCUACAAUUUUGGGUCAAUAACAUGGUUUGAUGGUCGACAUUCAGUUCGUACUGUGUUUAGUGUGAAUGUUGAAUAACUUUGGAAUUGGAAAGCGUCUUACUGCUUGGAGUCAACUAAAAGUUAGAAAGAGGUUUUUAAUGCAAGGAGGGGGAAAAUGUGAAUUCCUAGGCAUAUAUACCUUUCUUCAUAUUAUAAUUCCUGCUUUGAUGUCUCAGUCCUUUUAAUUGUUCUUUAUGUUAUCACAAACCCCUCCUCAGUAUACAUGAAGAGAGAGCUGGUUUGAGCUGACGGCUCAGGCUUGUAGGUGUUACAUAGCUUGACCAGAUAAAAGCACUGUUUGGGCCAGUCUCAAUAAAUUCUUCAAACCUCUUCAUCA